AAGAGAGAGAGAGAGAGAGAGAGAGAGAGAGAGAGAGAGAGAGAGAGAGUGAAUGAGUGAGUGAGAGACCUCUCUCUGUCUGCCUGUCUGUCUUCUGUCUUCUGCCGGAGCUAUGUGAAUUUCAAAAUCGCGCCAAGUCAUGAAAGAAUCCUCAUCAUCAUCACCAAUAUCUUUGUAGUUUAUUGAAUUUCUCUGCUAUUUUCUCCAUUCUUAAAAACCAUCCUCACUCUCUGGCUUUAUCUAGUUUUAGUACCUCUGCAACAUCAAAUCAAGAACCAUGAUGUCCGAUCAAAACCCUAAUUCAAAUCCGGCCAAACGAAAGAGAAACCUUCCUGGUAACCCAGAUCCAGAUGCGGAAGUUAUAGCUCUCUCUCCCAAGUCUUUAAUGGCGACAAACCGUUUUUUAUGUGAGAUCUGCAACAAAGGGUUUCAGAGAGACCAAAACCUUCAGUUACAUAGGAGAGGUCAUAACCUUCCAUGGAAGCUCAAGCAAAGGAACCAUAAUGAGGUGAUUAAGAAGAAGGUUUAUGUCUGCCCGGAGAAGAGUUGUAUUCAUCAUGAACCUUCAAGAGCUCUUGGAGAUCUUACGGGGAUUAAGAAACAUUUUAGUAGGAAACAUGGGGAGAAGAAAUGGAAGUGCGAGAAAUGUUCGAAGAAAUAUGCUGUUCAAUCUGAUUGGAAAGCUCAUAGUAAGAUUUGUGGGACAAGAGAAUACAAGUGUGAUUGUGGCACUAUCUUCUCAAGGAAGGAUAGCUUCAUAACUCAUAGAGCAUUCUGCGAUGCAUUGACCGAAGAGAACACAAGAUUCACAACCGGAAGUGGUUCUUCACCGGCGUUUCAGCCCGACCUGACCGGAUCAUUACAAUCUGCAUCCGGUCAGCAGAAACCACUACCCAUUCCACUCUGGCUAGACAACGGAAUGGUAAAUUCUUUCUCCAUUGAGGGAAUACCGCAACUUGUACACCAAUCCCAAUGGCCUAAAGAAGAGAAUAUUAAUAAAAUCAUUUCGUCGACAAAUAACUUGUACCAACAAGAAGCUUCAGCAUAUAUGUCAGCAACUGCUCUUCUACAAAAGGCGUCACAAAUUGGAUCAACAAGAUCAAACAACUCGGGCUUAUUCAGCAGCAGUUUCGGGCUGAUGGGAUCGUCUUUACAACAUAACAAUGUAGCGGUUGGCACCGAGUUUCUAUUGGGUGAUGCAAAUAUUCAAAGGAGGAACCUUGACAGUAUGAUGAUGGGUGAUAAGAGUAUGACUAGAGAUUUCUUGGGUGUGGUUGAUAAUGGAGGCAGUCGAAGGUUAUUAGAUCAAGAAAUUGGGAACUUUAUGUCAAUGGGUUCGGCCAUGGACUUAGGAACAGCAGCAACAACAAGUACUACCCAUCACUUUAAUGAAGAAGACUCUUGAUUAUUUCAAAUUUUCAUGUAAUUUUGAAUUUUGAAGUUUUGAAAAAGACAUGGGUUUUUUUUUUUUUAAUCUUUUGA